AUGGCAAACAGCCGCUUCAUCUCCGGCAUCGGCCCCACGCCGUUCGAGCCCGACACGCCGCGCACGCUGCUCGACGGCGCCACAACCCUCUCCUCCAUCAUCCGCGUGCCCACCGCGGCCGACCCCGCGCUCGCCGCAAUCAAGAAGACGGACCUGCACCCGAGCGCCUUCGAGACCGUCGCCUCGUACAACUGGGUCUACGGGCCGGGCAAGCGCCUCAAGAUCAUUGUUCCCGGCUACCCCUCCUGCUGGAACCCCCCGCAGCUGCCCGUGAAGCUCCCGCCCGACACGGGCUUCCGCAUGAUCCACCAGAACGAGUACUUCUCGCCGGGCACGCCGCUGCGCCCGCUGCUGCGCGCCGUCUACACGCACCGCCCCGACUACGAGAUCCGCGGCGUGGACGUCGUCACGGACCGCAGCAGCCUGCUGAAGCUGUUCAAGUUUGUGCGCGGCGAGGUGAAGCCGCCGCCGCCGCCGACGACGACGACGACGACGCCGGUCCGCCGUGAGGGCGACGGCAGGGGCCGAGGCGGGGGCGGGGAGGCUAGAGGUGGCUAUAGGUCGAGCCCCCCGUGGCGCGACCGGCACCCCGAGUCUGUAGGCGCCGGCGCCGGCGGCGGCGGCAUGCGCGGGCGCGGCGCGGGGCUGGGGUAUCGGGGUGGUGUCCGGCGGGAUGGGCGCCCGCCGUUCGGUAUGGACCCGCCGAAGGAGGCAAGGAUUGAUGUUGACAUCAUGGGCGGUGGGGACGGGACGCGGCCGAGCAUGCUGCUGUCGCGGUGGGAGACGCACAGUGCCGAGUUUAUACCCGAGGGCAAGUUUAUGGGGUGGGGGUACCAGUUCCUGAACCGCUUCACGCGGUUCGGCGAUGCGGGGGAGGAGGCGGUGAUGGAUGAGGGGGAGCUGCAGAGCCACCACCGGGUGGUGGAGUAUGUGAUGGGCGGGAUGCGGUUCCUGGUGCGGUACCACGGGGACGCGAUUACGCAGUCGUUGGCGGAGUUUCGGUUUUGGGCGGAGAGGGAGCGGGUGGAGAUGAGGAGGCAGGAGAGGAGGAGGGCGGCGGAGGUGAGGGCGAGUGCGGGGGCGAGUGCGGGGGAGAGGGAGAGGAGGGAGAGGAAGGAGAGGGAGAAGGCGGAGCGGGAGAAGGCGGAGAGGGAGAAGGCGGAGAAGGCGGAGAAGGCGGAGAAGGCGGAGAGGGCGAAGGAGGUGAAGGGGGUGGGGCAGGCGGUGAGGAGGAAGCCUUUGAGCCCGCAGGCGAAGAAGGCGGAUGAUUGGCUCGAGAAGGAGUUUAUCGAGGGCCUGUCGAAGCUGACGCUGAACAGAGUCAAGACUACGAUCGCCAUCGAAGCCCACAAGAGCCUGACGCCGCUCUACCCGCACGAGUCCAUCGUCGGCAUCAAGACCUGCAGCGAGAACUCCGCGCCGGCAAUGAUGCUGCGCGCAAUCCCGCAGGUCUUCUUCUCGCAGACGCCGCACCUCUUCAUCGGCUACCAGCGGGCGGGGAGCUUCGAGAAGGUCGAGAAGAUCGAGACGGGCCCGCUGCUGCGCGAGUGGGAGGACGAGAACGAGGCGGUGCUGAAGCGGUACCUGGUGCUGCUGGCACGGAUCCGCACGGUGGUCGAGGGCAUGGAGGGGAGGCGCGCAACGCUUGUGUUUACGAGCGGGAAGGAGGACGAGGGCGUGAAGGUGUACAAGAGGACGGAGGGGACACCCGGGCCGGUGCCGAGCGACUUGGUGGCCAAGUGGGAUGUCUGA